ACAACAUUUACUGAUUAGAUUAAAUAGAUUUAUUGAUCAGAUCCUAGUAAUAAAUAUGAGUGCUCUAAAGCGCCUCUUCAGCUCCGGAUUCAUGGACAAGAAGGCGAAACAGCAGCAGCUCCAGAGAGAGAGGAUGGAGCUGGAGAAAGAGAUGCAACUGAAGAGGAACGAGCUAAAAGAGCUAAAAAAGGAUGAAAAACAGACAAAGCUGAAGGAAAAAAGGAAGCUGGUCAAGAGGAAAAGAAAAAUGGAGGACGAAAAGGAAGGACAAGAACUGAUCCAGUGGACUCAAAGCACCUUAGAAGAUUUAUGGAGCUUCGGCCGGGCAGAGAUGGAGAAACUCGAGAGAGAACGAAAUCUGGAGAACCGAAACUCCCACUUCAUACAGAAGGUCAGGAGAGACGCUGGUAGAGGGAGGCGCUACCUUGUGGAGGACACCGAGGAGCCUCAGACGAGCCAGCUGGGCCUGUUUAACAACAUUAAAUCAUAUUUUCAAGCUCACAUGAAAAGGUUAAAGCAGCAAAGAACCGCUGAUUUUGAAAAGAACACGAGGAUGUUUGACGACAUCCUGGAAGAUUUAAAUCGGAUUAAAAAAUCAGCGGCGAAGCUUGAGAAUAACGACGGCGUCUCCUAUAUGUUGCCGAUGAAAAGAACAGGAGUUUCAGAGGUGGAAAUGAAAAAGAAGCUCAGAGGGGAAGUGUUCCAAUCCAAGAUGUGUAGAUGGACAAGUGGAAAGAGUGGACAGAAAGAGCAACAGCUAAAAAGAGAACUAGAAAUGCUGAAGGAGAAUAACGCAGAGCUGGAGAAAGUUCUCUUCCAUCAGAACAUGCAUGAAAAUAAAUGGAUGGAGCGUUUAAACCUAAACGAGAGAGAAGUAGAUUCAGAACGUGAGAUUAAGAAGAGGAAGGAAAGGCUGGCAGCACCUGAGAGAUCCAGAGAAGAGAAAGAGGAUAAAAAGUUAAAGGAAUUAAGGAGGAAGCUGGCAGAAGAAAAGCUAAAGGAGGUAAAGAGAAAGAGAGAGGAACAAAAGAACGAAUUAGAGAGACGGAUGAUGAGGACAGACAGGAGGAUGGAAACAGAACGUGAUCUCGUUCUGAGAAGGACAAACAAGAUAGUGAACGAUCAAACUAAACAAACGUCCUCGAGAAGAAAAGAAACAGAAGUAGAGGAGAGACAGAAUCUUAGAAAGGAGGCAGAACAGAAAAGACAUGAAUUUAAAGAAACUCAAAGAAAUUUAAAGAAGGAAGAAGAGGAAAGAAAGGAGACGGAGGAGAACAAAAAGAGAAAGAUGGAAGAGAAGAGAGAGGCGAAGAAGGAGAAAAGAAACACAGUGUGGGAGAGUGACGGCGAGAUUGAAGUGGAGAAAGAGAAAGAGGAGAAAGAUGAGAUGAUGAGGAGGAAGAGGAGAGGUAUGGAGGUGGGGAAAAAGAGAGAGAUAAAGGAGAAGAAACAGAAAACAUUAGAGGAGGAGAAAGAGAGAGAGAAAAUAGUGGAGAAAAGAAGCAAGACAAGAAAAGGAGAGAAAAUUAUGAAGGAGGCAAGAAAGGAGACGGAGGAGAACAAAAAGAGAAAGAUGAAGAAGAAGAGAGAGAAUGACGGUGAGAUGGAGGAGGAGGAAGAUGAGAUGAGGAGGAAGAACACAAUGGAGGUGAAGAGGCAGAGGUGUAAGGAGGUUCAUAGAGAAGCAAUCGAGAGAGAGGAGAAAAGAGGAGACCAGACAUUGAGGGAGAUCCUGAGUAAGAUCAAGGAGCAGGACAUGAAGGAAGAACCAGAGAAGACCAGGGUAGUAAAAACUAAAAAGGUGGAACAGACUACGGUUAAUGCUUCAAAAAGUGGACCAGUGCUCAUACAGGUGAAGCCACGUCAUCCAACCGGAGACUUUGAUGAGGACGCCAAGACCACCAGCACACAUCAAUCCCCAAAGUCCAGAGAGGAGGCGACAACAAAGAACUCUGUCCCGAGUGUCAGUGAAGAAAAUCACGGCAUGGAAAAAGAGGAGAGACCCAAGACCACAACAGCCUGUCUAAUGGGGUGGGUCAGCAAAAAAGUGAAGAAGCAUUACCAGAAAAAGAUGGAAGAGAGCCUGAAGACUGAGAAGGAGAUGGGUCACACGUGGUGUAUCAAGGGCGGAAAAAUGUAUCUGGUGUCUAAAUAUGAGCCAGAAAAACGAAAGCGCCUAAAGAAGAGGGAGCAGAAGUGGCAGGCACUGGAGGCUCGCUGGAUGGAAUGGGAAAAGAAGAAGGAGGAGAAGCGAGCCAAAAAGUGAAAGUUCACUCGUUAGAGAACCUGGUUAAAUUGUUCUUACUCCUCCAUAUCUGGAUAAGAAGAUCAGAAGAGGAUCUCCAAGCUGGAUCUCACAACCUGAUCAAAACCUAAAUGCUUUUUGAGCUUGUUUGGAGGUUCUAGCAGGGGAGCGCAGCUACUUCUAGACCAGCGAUGCUUGUCCGCCAAAAUGUUGUCCUCUUCCACCGGGCGCGGAGCUUCGCGGAGGGACGCACAUGGACUGGUGAGGGAGGAAGGGGACACCCGCCUAGCCAACCAGAUCAGCCGAAUCAACCCUAGCGAUCAAUGGGGUGACAGAUGUCGCAGCCAGAUCACCCUCACAUACACCUACAUGCUUUUUAAUAAACCUCAUAACACUUUUGCCUCAA